AGGGCAUACUGAAUGGAGUCAGUUCGACAAUAACCUCUGCCGAGAUCGGACUCAAAAGGGUAGGACUAUAAUAUUCAAGAGUCAUGAUGCGUACAACAGCGCUGUUUCUGCUGAUUGUGGCUCUCGCCCAUGUGGGCGUGGCACAUGUGGUGCCAUUAACUCUUCCAGUGGCUGGCACUUAUUUGUUGGCGCCAGCUACGCCAGUUUUGCUGCUGGUGCAGCCUGCGCCCGAGGACGAUGGCAGCUAUAAGCCGUCAAUCAGCGAGGAUGAUGGACUGUGGAAGCCACAACCAGGUCUAGAGGGUGAAUACGUUGAAUCCUCGACUGGCGAUGCGAUUGCGAGUGAUGCGAAUGACGGGCUCUUAAUUGACAGCUCAGGCUCUGCGACGGGCAGUUCGGGUGGUGCUGAAGGUGCCGAUGGUGGUGCGGGUGCUGGCGGUGCUGGUGGCGCUGGACAAGGUGGACAGCCUGGAGGUGUCUUGGGCGGUGCAGGUGGAGGAGGUGGUGCUGGCGGUGCAGGUGGCGCUGGUGGUGGCGGUGGUGGUGCUGGGGGUGGUGGCGGUGGCGGCGGUACACUCACGUCCGGAGAGAGCGGACAAUCGGGACAGCCUGGCGGCCCAAGUCCAGUCGGGUCACAACCAGAUGGUGAGGACGGUGCGAAUGGAGCUGAUGGCCCCGACGGACCCGAUGGCUCCAAGGGUGGCAAAGGUGGUGCCGGUGGGCAGGGAGCACGUAAUGGUGCUGGUGGCGGCGGCGGUGCCGGUGGUGCUGCACCACAGCCCCCAGCGCCCACAGCUGUGCUACUUCCGGUGCCUGUCUGGCCGCAACCGGAACACAAUUUGAUCGACUUGGUCUAGACAAAUACCCCAAAAAGAUGAACUCCACGUUAAGGUAGCACGUUAAGUCAUCUCUGUUCUUAGCAAUAGUUCUAAGCCAAUCAAAGCAAACGAAUAUUAAAAUUCGAAGAAGCACCAGCAAACCUCAA